CACUUCCUUUUUUGAAACCCUAAUCCGACUAAUCAGAAUUCUACACGCAAUAAUCAUUGUCGUUUUCAUAAUCAUCGUCUCCAGAAUCCAGUGAUCUCUCACUCGAUCAUACAUUUACUACAGUUCACGCGUUUUAGAGUAGAAAGGAAUGGGAGAUUUGAUUGGACCUCGUUUGUAUAGCUGCUGUAAUUGUCGUAAUCAUGUUUCCCUUCAUGACGAUAUCAUCUCUAAAUCCUUUCAGGGAAAACAUGGUCGAGCAUUCUUGUUCGCUCAUGCCAUGAACAUAGUUGUGGGGGUGAAAGAAGACAGGAACCUUAUAACUGGUCUUCAUACGGUUGCGGAUAUUUAUUGUGGGGAUUGUAAAGAGGUAUUGGGUUGGAAAUAUGAAAGGGCUUAUGAGCCUUCACAGAGGUACAAAGAAGGAAAGUUCAUUCUAGAAAAAUCUAAGAUUGUAAAGGAGGAGAAUUGGUAGUAGUUUUUCUUGUUUGUUUGUCCCUCUAUCUUGUACAUAAUGUUCAUUGUUCAUUUGAUGCAGUCAUUGUCCAUAAUCUUCACCCCCAUUUGAAAUAUAUCAAACUUGAUGAUCAAGUGUUCUUUCUUUAUCAUUAUGGUA